AUGUUAGAGAGCACAGCCACACCUAUGUUAUUAAAGAACCGAAAUAGACCUGGGUUCAGUAUGUUAAAUUAAAUUAAAAUGAAUGAAAAUUCAUUGGAUCAUUAAAGCAGGUCAAACAAUCACGCUUUUGAAAUCAAUAAAGGAAAUAGUCUUUAAUACUUAAAAGAAUUGAGUGCUUAAAAAAAAAUAGACUUUGCGAAUUUAAACAAAAAAGAAGGAGGAGAUAAAAGGGUUACUUGGAGUCCUUUUAUUACUUAGAAUAACUUAAUAUAAAAUAACAGAGAUCAUAAAAGCGAGGGCAUUUCAGAUCUCAUGCAAAGUAAUAAAGAAAACUAUCAAAAUAUUAUCAAUAAUAACAACAAAAAUAAUGUACAAGAAUUUCUUUAGUCUGCUCUAAAAUAAAAAUAAAAGAACAAAGUUACGUUCAAAGAUGACAUUUUAGAAACAGAAAAAGCUAUUUAAAAUAAAUUUUUAGCAACUCAAAAUUAGCAACAAAAUAAAUAAAAAUCUGCUUCUUAAAGUUAUCCAGAACUAUUUAAAAAUUACGCACAAAAACUUGACAGAUAUUAACACUAUUAGCAACCCCAAUAUUAAAAUUAAGAGAUUUUUCAUGAAAAUAUUGAAAAAUCCUACAUCUAAAACCAUGAUCAAAUCCCAGAAUGGAGCUCUGAUGCCCUCUAAAUAGCUAAAUCAGCAAUUAGAAAGAAUUAAAUUUUUACUAAGGCAAAGUUUAUCAGUUUGAGCUUUGGAUUUGCAGUAGCUAUCAUAUUAUUAUGCAGCUUAUUUAUUAGCUUUAAAACUCUAAAGCUCUUCAAGAUAUUUGUUCUUAUAGGAGCUGUUAUUAGUCUAAGAACAUUAGUUUAUGAAGAUUAAUUUCAGAAUGUCAUGAAAGAUCUAGGCUUAAAAGAUUUAGGAAUAUUGGCCUCGAUAGCUAUGAUUGAAUUCUUUUGCAUGAUGGGAUUUGCUUCUGAAAUAUUUGCUGCCAUACUUCCAUCACACUUACAACUAGAAAUAUUUUGGGUUGUCCCAAGUGGGUUCUUGGCUUUAAUGGAAACAAUUAUUUAUUGGAGAAAGAGCUAGCAAAACAAAAUAAAUGAAGAAUUUCUGAAUAUAAAAUGCAACACAUUUGAGAUUCUUAAGGAUAGUCUAAAAUAAUAUUUCUAAAGUUUCCAGUUUUUAAAGGAUGCUGUGACUCAAGCUAUUUCAAGUGCUCUGAUUGUUACAUGCUGCUAUUAUUCUAAGAUAUAUUAUCACGAAUAACAAUUAAUGUAAAAUCAAUACUUUAAAAAGGAAAUGUUAUUUAAUCUAAACACCUUCCCUGAAAUUCUACUUGAUGACUAUUACAUCUACAUUAUAUGCAUAUCAAUUCUCUGUAAAAUCAUCGUAUAGUUUUCUUUGAAUUUUAAUUAUGAACUUAUGAGAUAUUCUGUAGUCAGCUAUUUGGGUAACUAUAUAUGCUUUCAACCUCUAUAUACAAUCGUCUUUAAAUAUCCUAUUGCUUUUUCUGACUUUAUUCAACAUGAAGCAAUGAAAUACUGGUAUGCCUACUAGACAGUUCCGUUAUCAUAGGUGAUAGAAAGAACUCAAUUUUCUAAAAAUUUAACUGAAAAUGAAAACAAAGUUUUAGAUACUAUUUUCGAGUUUAUUUCUAAAGAAAUGAAUAAUACUUUGAUUGCUUUAGCUUCAAAUGACCAAGAAAGCUUUUAAAAAAAGAGAGAUAUCACAAGUUUCUUCAUUAAAAAUAGGAAAAUAUAAACUUUAUUAAAAAAACAAAGAUUCCUUUAAUCUAUUUUGAAAUUCACUCUAAUGAUCAUUUCAAAUAGUGCAAAAGUGUUUAACUUAAAAGUAGUUGAUUUUAUAUAAACUACUUCUUCCACUCUGGAUUAACUCAUUUAGCUCUUUGAAAAGCAAGGAAAUUAUUUCACAGCAGAGAUAGCAGAUAUAAUUAUUUUAAAGAAAGAAGUUGUUUCGAAUAUUCAAUAUAUCUACACUAAAAUGAAUAGUACAGUUAAGAGUUAGAAUCUCAGUGCAAUAGCAUUGUCAAUUAUGAUAGACUCAAAUCAUAUCUAUAACGAAUAUGACCUUGAUUCAAAGUUUGUUUGCUGA